AUGGCUAAUAGAACAGUAAAAGAUGCAAAAUCUAUUAGAGGAACAAAUCCUCAGUAUCUAGUAGAAAAAAUAAUUAGAUCUCGUGUGUACGAUUCGAAAUAUUGGAAAGAAGAAUGUUUUGCUUUAACAGCAGAACUUUUAGUCGACAAAGCCAUGGAGUUAAGGUUUAUAGGUGGUGUAUAUGGCGGUAAUGUUAAACCAACACCGUUUCUGUGUCUAAUAUUGAAAAUGCUUCAGAUACAACCUGAAAAAGAUAUUAUAGUAGAAUUUAUAAAAAAUGAAGAAUUUAAAUAUGUUCGUGCUCUAGGAGCAUUGUACAUGAGAUUGACAGGAUCUUCUUUAGAUUGUUAUAAAUAUUUAGAACCACUAUUUAACGAUAAUAGAAAAUUAAGAAGACAAAAUAAGCAAGGCAAAUUUGAAUUGAUUCACAUGGAUGAGUUUAUAGAUGACCUUCUUAGGGAAGAAAGAUGCUGUGACGUAAUUUUACCAAGAAUACAAAAAAGACAUGUUCUUGAAGAAAACAAUGAAUUAGAAGCAAAAGUGUCUGCAUUAGAGGAUGAUAUGGAUGAAGGAAUAGAAUCUUCGGAGGAUGAGGACAUACCUCCAAUCAAAGAGGAUACUCGUAAAAGAAUAGACGAUCACGAUAGAGAUAGAGAUCGUCAUAGAGAUCGAGAUAAAAGACAUUCGCGUUCUGAUAAAAAAUCUGACAGAGAAAAACAAAGAUCAAGAAGUAGGGAUAGAGACAGAGAUAGACGAGAACGUAAGCGAAGCAAAUCGCCUAAAAGCCAUUCUUCCUCGCAUAAGGACAAAGAUAGGGAUAAAGAGCGGCAUAGAAGAGAUGAUAGGGAUAGAGAAAGAGACCGAGAUCGAGAUCGAAGACGAGAACGUGACAGAACUAGGCAUUAA